CCUGCUUCUGUCAGCACGCCCUGACACGGCAUGGCGCCCAAGAAGCCGAACGCCGCACCAAAACAUCCCGCGCCUGUCGCAGCUGAGGCCAAGCUCAAUGGCGAGAUCAACGAGAUGCGGCAGUUCUGCCAGCAGACAGCGCUGGUGCAGCUAGCUUACUUCGCCCUGCGGACAGCGUGGCAUGUCGGCGUGCCCGCCUACUUGGGGGCCCGCCAGUUUGUGCCACUCGUCCUGGAGGUGGCAGCGGCGGAGCUUCUGGUGUUCCUGCUGUUCUGGGUGGCGGGGUCCUUUGGGCCUGCAGCCCAAGAGCGCUCCUGGCUGUUCAACAUCUACAACCUGCUAGCACUGAUAGUGCUUGCCAAGUGUGCCACCGAUUCCUACAUCUAUAGCUUCGCCCCGCACAUGUGGCAACACUACAGCCCCAAGUUGCCCUGGGGCGUGCCGACUCUGAUUGCCGCCAGCCUGCCGGAGAGCUUGGUGCUUCUAGGCAUGCAGCCAAGCUCUCUGAUGUCCGGGCUUCAGACUCUGGAGCGCUGGGCAGACAUCUUGGCGAUCUUGGCCUGCUUCCGUGGGGUGCGGACUGGCAAGGCACUCAUGAAGGCGAGGCGGGUGCAGAGGAGGGAGCUGCAGAAGAAGAAGGAUGAGUGAGUUGUGGUUCCGCCCGGGCACGUGAUAUGAGCCACACACGGACAGCAGGGAGCAGUGGCCCCUCCCUGGCCUUCAACAACCAACCGCCUUGCUCUGUUCCCG